UUUUCACUUGCAAAAGUAUCCAUUUUUGAAAACUGCAUCGUAAAGUUAACAUGAUUUUGAUCAAGUUAUGUGAAUUAUUUUUAAUAGAAAAUAAAGUGGACACACAUAUUGGGAUAAGGCAAAUAUAACCUACAAAAAUGAGUUCACUUUCAGCCGAAAAAAUUGCAGAAUAUAAAGAGGCAUUUUCUAUGUUUGACCAGGAUGGGGAUGGAACUAUUUCAGUUAAAGAGCUUGGUACAGCCAUGCGAGCUUUGGGAGCUAACCCAACAGAAGCUGAUCUCAAAGAAAUGAUAGAGCAGGUUGAUGCUGACGGAAGCGGAUCAAUAGAUUUUCAAGAAUUUUGUGAAAUGAUGGAAAAGAAAAUGGCUGAAGAAACUGAUCCAGAACAAGAAAUGAGAGAAGCGUUUGCAGUGUUUGACAAGGACGGCAGUGGUACAAUAUCAGCCGACGAGCUUAGACAAGUCAUGUUAAACAUGGGAGAAAAGAUGACACCAGAAGAAGUUAACGAUAUGAUAAGAGAAGCAGACUCUGAUGGUAACGGUGAGAUAGAUUAUAACGAAUUUUGUGCAAUGAUGUCAACAAAGUAGACUGUUUAAGCAGCCAGGUGUUCAUCAAUAUUAGAAAUUCAUGGUUUUAAAUCAUUCAGUAAACAAUGUUUUGUAUUUAUUACCAGCAGUGUUUGUUAAUACGUAAGGAAACUGACAUUGCGCUUACUUUUAGUAUAUAUGUUAUCAAACUAUAUAAUUUGUAAUGAUAAUAAUUUUGUUGAGGAGAAUUGUGAAUGUAAGAUGGAAAUAAAUAUCAAACU